GCCAUUUCUUCCCAAGAAAGCUCUGAAUCUAUAUUUGAAGUCCAGGCAGAAUCCCCACUGUUUUUAACACAGUUCAAUGCUGUUUUGUCCUUUCAUACGUCUCUCUGCGUCUGAACAGUACUGUUUCAGAAACCCACCAGCUCAGAAAAGCAAAGAGAUAAAAACCCAACUUUGUCUUGCAUGCAUUUUCAUGCUCUUCUUGCUUGAGCGGACACUGGUCCCCUCCUUCCUGAACCCCUAACUAAUCCUACAACCUUAACCACACUCUCCAACAAUAAAUCCCUCAACCACCACUCUCUUUAACCAUCUCUGGCAAUACAUUAAAUGAAAAAGUAAUAAUUAUCAGUAAUUAUUAGUAGUAAUACCACUACCAAUAAACCCAAAAGGAGUCUGCAGGGAAGAAUCACAGGGGGCUGGCAAAGUAGAGCCGUGCAAAGGGUCACCCUUCCUUCCGCUUUCAGCACUCAAAGCCCCUUCAGUUUCUACUUUCUACUGCUUUUGAUCUUGUUAUUAUUGUCAUUACUGUUAUUACUUUCUUGGCUUUGAGAACUGUGCUUACAUCUUUUGUGUUCUUUCUGCUCUGCUAUAUUACUUACCUUAGCUUUCCAAUAACACACAAGGAAGCAAACUGCUCAACUUAUUCCUUUGCUUCUAAUGCUCUCUCCAUUUUCCUUUUCCUUUUUCAAUUAACCAUCUUUUUGUACCUUUCCCUCUCAACAUUAUCCAACAAGCUUUUUCAAACACACACAACUGGCCAUCGAAGGGGUCCCAUACUGAUACUUAAGACCUUUGCAGCUAUGUUGAUGGCUUGAAUUCCCUUCUUCCCUUCUUCUUCUGUCUCUCUUCUUUCCCUUGUUUUGGCAGUGGAAACUCCUUGACCUUUCGAAAGCCUUGUGCUUUUCUUUUUGAAAAGGUCUUGUGCUUUUCCUUUUUAAGCUUGUAGUAACAUCUUUAUCUUUCUUCCUUGCUCUUUUUCGACGACCAACACGUUUCGGUUCGUUUAAGCCUAUCUAUACUUGUUUUUCACUUCCUGAGGUUGAAAAGAUUGUGCUGUUAACGGUAUCCAGUCAUGGGGAUGCUUAUCAGAAGCAAUCAUUUCACUUUGGCUGUCUGCAUUUUGUGUUUGGGUGUUUGGUGCUGUGGCCAAGCAGACAGUGAAGUAGCUCCCAUGGAGAAAGCUGAGCAAACUGCUCUGUACUCUGCCAUACAAGGCUUUGUAGGUAAUUGGUGGAAUGGCUCAGAUCUCUAUCCAGAUCCCUGUGGUUGGACUCCUAUACAGGGGGUCUCUUGUGAUAUCGUUGGUGGCCUAUGGUAUGUUACUGCUUUGAGCAUUGGUCCAGUUCAUGACAACUCUCUUGGUUGUGCCCCUAAUGUGGAAUUUAGGCAACAGUUAUUCCAGCUUAAGCACCUAAAAUCUCUCAGCUUUUUCAAUUGUUUCAUCUCACCUGGCAGACAUCGGAUUACCAUCCCUGGCGGUAAAUUGGAAAAACUUGCUGGCAGCUUAGAGUUAUUAGAGUUUCGAGCCAACCCAGGUCUCAUUGGGCAAGUUCCUACUAGCUUUGGUUACCUUACUAGGCUCCAAUCUUUAGUCUUACUAGAAAAUGGAUUAACAGGAGAAUUACCAAUAAAUAUUGGCAACUUAAGUAACUUGAAUCGACUAGUCCUGGCUGGAAAUAGGUUCACUGGUCAAAUUCCAGACAGUGUUGGAAGUUUAAAGGAGCUGUUAAUCUUGGAUUUAAGUAGAAAUUCACUCUCAGGCCAUAUGCCUUUUGCUCUUGGCGGCCUGACUUCACUCUUGAAGCUUGAUUUGAGCAACAAUCAACUGAAGGGGAAGCUGCUUGGAGAGAUUGCGUAUCUGAAGAACUUGACCCUUUUGGAUUUGAGAAACAACAGGUUUUCAGGUGGAUUAACCCAGUCAAUUGUAGAGAUGCAUUCUUUGGAAGAGUUGGUAUUAUCUAGCAACCCAUUAGGUGGAGAUCUUAUGAGCCUAGAGUGGCAAAGCUUGCAAAAUCUGGUCAUUUUGGAUCUCUCUAAUGUGGGCUUGACAGGUGAUAUUCCUGAGUCCCUUUGUGGAUUGAAGAGGCUGAGAUUUCUGGGUCUUAGUGGCAACAAUCUCACAGGCGAUCUCCCAUCAAAGCUAGCAUCUCUGCCUAGUCUUAGAGCGCUUUAUCUAAAUGGGAACAAUCUGACAGGAGUGCUUAAAUUCUCUGAAGAGUUUUAUGGGAAAAUGGGGAGGCGCUUUGGGGCUUGGAAUAACCCAAACCUCUGCUACCCUGUUGGGUUAAUGACAGCAACUAAUGCUCCAUAUGGAGUAAAGCCAUGCCAAGGAGGUGGGACUUUGCUUGAGCCCAAUUCCAGGGCAAAGUUGGGGGAUGGGAAUUUGAAUCAGAAUUCCCAUUUUAUUGCCUCAUCGGGAUUCUCAAGCUAUGGCAUUCAUGGGCUUUGCUGGUUUUUCUUGGUAGAUACAUUGAUAACAGUACUACUCUUGAAUCUUUUCGUAGGUCCUAUAUAGAAAAAGAGAUGCUAGGCCUGGUAAUUGACCCUUUCACAUGCAACAUCUAUGUUCUCUUUCCCUCUCUUGUAGCCUAACAUCGAGCUAGUAUCUUUUCUGUUUUACAAAUCUUACAAUGUCCAAUAUUUCUAAAAGUCCCCUAAUUACAUGCACAGUUUUGGUCCGUGCCUUUGUUGUCAAGUAAGGUAAAGUAUAGUACUUGUUGAAGAAUUAAUACUAUUUCCUAAAGUUACGAAUAUAACUUCUCCCUGAACAUUUUUGUCAUAGCCUUCUACUUGUCAACCUUAACCAGCAAUUCUGAUUUUGGUUCCUGAUGACCAACUAAGUAACAGACUUUAAAUGCAGGGAACCUCUGCAAGCAGAAGAUAAAUAUGAAAUUGGGAUCUGGGAUUCAUUUUUUGAGUUUUUAGUUGGAUUUCCAAUGCAUGGCAGUUAUGACUUUAAUGCAUUGAAAGUGAAGUAUGGCCGUAUGGGGAUAACGGAGGCUUGUAGGCUGUGACCUGCAACUGAUCAGCUGCAACCAGGCAAGUACUUUGGUUGUGUGUGGCUUUGGGUAGACUUGUAGCCUGCAAACAAUGCAGUGGUCUGUGGCUCUUAUGUUUAAAGAUGAUAAUGAUGAUGAGAUGAGAACUGCAACCGGUUACAGCUUAUAAUAAAAAAAGUUAGACAAAUGCAAAUGCUCUGCCAGCUGAGCUCUCUUGGAUCGAGGUUGGUUUCUUCUAUUAUUCAUGGGGCAUUCUGAAGCUCUGACCCAAAUUGAAUGUUCCUUCACUUGUUUUAGUUCCUUGGACUGAUCCCCAUGAGAAUUCUGUUCUGUUCUGUUCUGAUCUGUUUGAAGACUAUUUCAUCUAAUCUAAGCCCUUAUUUUCAUUCAUACACUUCACUCCACAUUCAAAUUAUAAGUAAAAUUUCAAUUUACUGGUUGUGUACAGAUUUUAGGUUUAAGGGUGGAUAUUGAAAGCUUGCAUGAACAGUGUUUGGCAAAAAAAAAGAGAGAAGCAUCGUGCAUGACCAUGUGUAGCUGCUGCCCCAAGACUAAACUGCCGGGAGUUUGUAGAUGGGUUUGGGUGAGGUGAUUUAUGUUGUAUGGACAAGACUAAAGCCCAAUAUUCCAUCAAAGCUCUACAGAAAAAGAACAACCUUUGUGUCCUUAUCCAUUGAAGCAGAAAAUGGACUGGGCUUGAAGUGGUCUAUAGAUACAUGUAGUCAUCAAGUCAGCAGUUAUCACUAUCCACAUUCAAACAUAAUAAAGCCAAAACAAAUGACUGCAAAUGUCUUUUAAUCCAAGAAAUCAAAAAAAAAGAAAAAAAAGAAAGCAUAAUUGUCUCUAUCUGUAGUAUUGACAAUAUGCUGUGACGAAAUAUAUCAAUUUUUCUUGGAGCUGCGGUCUGUAGUCGGCUGAGCCUCCUUCCUCAUUGAACAAACUAAUCUGGGUGUACCAACAUUUGAACAAGUCGUAAGGAAAGAAAAGUAGAACUUUCCUUUUACACGCUUUGUCCACAGGGGUCAGAAGAAUUGAUUCUUAAACCUUGCACGCACAUGACUUUUACCUCAGUUCUCAUGUCAUUAAUUCAACUACAACAACAUUCAUUCACCGUACGCCAGCCUCUCUUAUUUGUUUCUACAUUUUUUACUAUUUGGAUUGGGAGGGGAUAAACUAUAUAUAAAGAACCUGUGCUUUUGUUGUUGUAAUUGUUUUUGCUGUGCUUUGUUCUUGAUGCUGAAUUAACUGUUGCUCAUACAAGGGUUGUGUUUGGCUACCAUGGAAUCACAACCUGAUGCUGGUGCUGUGCUACAUUUCUCUUUUGGGGCGCCAUUGGCCUGAGUAUGGAAACACAGAGAAUGAAAGAGAUGUCUUCAACGCGUGCUGCAGAUGUUACUUUUUCUUCAUAUUUAUUUUGGUUUUGCCAAUUAUGGUAUACAACAGGUUGAAUCGAAUAGGUUUAGGAUAUAAUAAGGUUUCCCAUUGACUACACUCUGUAAUCCAC